GUAAUAUAAAGUACCAGUAAUGUUAAAUGUAAACGGAACGUUUUCAUUGACUGUUUUAAAUUAAUGGCGCGAUAUUUGUUUACAUGUUGUUAUGCGCAGUUAUUGAUUUUUUGAUAAUAACAACUAAAUUGACAGAAAAUAUAACAAAGAUAUUAAGAAAAAUGUGAAUAUUAUACUGGUCGUUUAUGAAAUAAUGUGACAAUCCAUAAAUUUUGUGAAAUUCUAAAAACAAAAUUGUAUGUCAAAGUUUUCGGAUGUGUUUGUACCACUUAUUUGAGGCAUAUUAUUUUAUAAAAUAAUUUAAUGAAUGUCGUUUAUGUGCAUUAGAUAUUUCUAUUCAGGAACAAGGAUUUUUUUAAUAAAUAGUAGAUUUAAUUUGAAAUCACAAUCAACUGCUUACACUGGCACUGCGCACCAAUGUCACAGGUCGAGAGCAAAGUAGAAGCUAUUAGUGAAUACAUAGAUACACAGUAUUCAGGCGGGGACUCUAACAAAAUGAAAUUGAAACAGUUUUAUCAGGAGGAAAAUAACAACGACGUAGAUGAAAUAACAAAGGACUUUUCUGACAUGGGAUGUAUUGUUGACACGGUAAAACGGCCACCGAAUAUAUGUGUAGAGACGUGUGUGUAUAACGAUUCAGAUUCUGACCAGGAUAACGAAAAGACUGAUAAUAAUGGUAACGAUAAUGAUGAGGUACAUUAUUCAGAUGAGUUUGAGGAAGAUGACAGUGAAGUGGAAGAAAUUAAGGCCGUUAGCAAAUCGGAAAAUAACAGCACAAGUCAGAUUAAGCCAAUUGAGUCAGUACUUAAAGUGUCCAAAAGUCAUUCUUCUGUGUCUAGCAAGCCUCCCUCAAUGUCUGGUAGAUCUGGAAACUCAACAGGAUAUGGUUCAAUAUCCGUGCCGCAAACGCGCCGGAUCAACAUGUCGUUCACGAACGAGCGCCUGCGCGAGAUCGAGCGGCACAAUCACAUACUGCUGAACAAGAUACUGUGCGCGCGCAACAACAGGAAGUCGUCGAUCCCCCCGCGGGAGAUGGGCCGGGAGGGGGAGAGAAAGCCGAUACCGCCGGCCGCCGUGCACCGCAAGAACAAGCAGAGACAGAUUGAUCAUGAUAAUAUGAUAUUAUUAAAGAAGAUCCAACGCGCCAAGUCGUCAGCGUGCAGCAUUCGUCGUUGAUAUACGAGGCGCGUCCACGGAGGACGCGAAAUAAUUUAUACUGAUUUGUUGAAUAUAUUUU